GGGCUGGGGGAGCGGGGCAAGGUUCCUUUGUGACACCAUGUCCAGACUCUCGGGGUGAGACUCUCGCACCCUCCUCCAGGGGCAGAAAUCGGCCCCUUGGUCUACGAGGAGUGGGGGAGGCAGGGGCCGCCUGCCGGUCCCGGACCCUCCAGCCCGGCCUCCAUCCCCGCGUGGGACUCGGGGACGGCCGGCCGGCUGCGCGCUCCCGCCUGACAGGUGCGGGCUCCUCUGGCCAGGCCUGGUCCCCUCGACCGAGCCGGAGCACUGCCCAGCGUGGGCACAGCCGAGUCCCGCACCACCUGCCCGCGGGCGGCAUCGAGCGGCCGCUCCCAGCCUCACCUUCCCGACGGCGCCCCCACAGUCCCCGAGCCUGCGCCCAGUUCCCACCCCCCGUACGCAUUUUGCGCAGCCUACGCCGCUGGCGCAGCGGCCGGAGCGCGGCUCAUCCCCCGCCUCCCUCCCCUGGCGCUCCGGAGCCCGAUGUGACCCGCCAGAGAAAAUGGCGGCGGCGGCGGGGAAUCGCACCUCGUCGUCGGGAUUAUCCUCGGGCAGCAGCGCGGACGCCGCCGCCGCCGCCUCCGGGAGCCUGCAGAGCGGCGCGGGGAGCGUGCCCGGCAGCGGCGGGGGGCUGCUGCGGGCGGCGGGCGGCGGGUGCCGGGAGCAGCGCUCCGACUGGAGACGGAAGCAGCUGCGCAAAGUGCGGAGCGUGGAGCUGGACCGGCUGCCGGAGGCGCCGCUCUUCCUGGCCGGUUCGCCGGAGUCCCCCGACCUCUCGCCGCCCCGCUGCCUCGCCAGCGGCUCCGGCCCCGCCAGCCCCGCGUCCUCCCCCGGCCGCUGCGCCGCGCCCCACGAGCCGCUGCCGGACGGGAGCCCCGCAGGAGCCGACCCCGCCGCCGAGAGGAGGAUGGAGCCGUCUCCCCCUGCCGGUCGUGACAUGGAGAAUAAAGAAACCCUCAGGGGGUUGCAGAAAAUGGAUGACCGCCCAGAAGAGCGCAUGAUCAGGGAGAAACUCAAGGCAACAUGUAUGCCAGCCUGGAAGCAUGAAUGGCUGGAAAGGAGAAGCAGGAGAGGCCCUGUGGUGGUAAAACCAAUCCCAGUGAAAGGUGAUGGCUCUGAAAGCAACAAACUAUCAAUAGAACCUCACGUUGAAGGGCAAAGCAAUGCUUCUGCAACUCAGAAAGGAAGACGUAGCCCUUCUCCUAGUAGCUCCUCAUCCUCAUCCUCUAGAACUGUUAAAUCAGAAUCACCAGGUGUUAGAAGAAAAAGGGUAUCUCCAGUGCCUUUUCAAAGUGGGAGAAUAACACCACCUCGAAGAGCUCCGUCUCCAGAUGGCUUCUCACCAUAUAGCCCUGAGGAAACAAAUCGUCGUGUCAACAAAGUUAUGCGAGCCAGAUUGUACCUGUUGCAGCAGAUAGGACCUAAUUCUUUCUUAAUUGGAGGAGACAGCCCUGAUAACAAGUAUAGGGUGUUCAUUGGGCCUCAGACAUGCAGUUGCGGGCGUGGAACAUUUUGUAUUCAUUUGCUGUUUGUCAUGCUUCGAGUGUUCCAGUUAGAACCCCCAGACCCAAUGCUUUGGAGAAAGACCUUGAAGAAUUUUGAGGUUGAGAGUUUGUUCCAGAAAUAUCACAGUAGGCGUAGCUCAAGGAUCAAAGCUCCAUCUCGUAACACCAUCCAGAAGUUUGUCUCACGCAUGUCAAAUUCUCAUACAUUGUCAUCAUCUAGUACCUCUACAUCUAGUUCAGAAAACAGUAUGAAGGAUGAAGAAGAACAGAUGUGCCCCAUUUGUUUGUUAGGCAUGCUGGAUGAAGAGAGCCUGACUGUGUGUGAAGAUGGCUGCAGGAAUAAGUUACAUCAUCACUGCAUGUCAAUUUGGGCAGAAGAAUGUAGAAGAAACAGAGAGCCACUUAUAUGCCCUCUUUGUAGAUCUAAGUGGAGAUCUCAUGAUUUCUAUAGUCAUGAAUUGCCAAGCCCUGUGGAUUCUCCUUCAGUUCUCCGAAUGGUUCAACAGCAAAAUCAGCAGCAGCCUACAGGUGGAUCGCAAAGGAGAACACAAGAUAGUAAUUUUAACCUUACUCAUUAUGGGGUUCAGCAGAUCCCUUCCGCCUAUAAAGAUUUAGCUGAGCCAUGGAUUCAGGUAUUUGGAAUGGAGUUAGUUGGCUGCUUGUUUUCUCGAAACUGGAAUAUACGGGAGAUGGCACUUAGACGUCUUUCCCAUGAUGUUAGUGGUGCUCUAUUACUGGCUAAUGGUGAAAGCACUGGAAAUUCUGGAAGCAGCAAUGGAAACAACACAAGUGCUGGAGCUCUGGGAGCAGCUAGUGGAUCAUCUCAGACCGGUAUCUCAGGAGAUGUUGUAGUGGAAUCCUGCUGCAGUGUGCUGUCCAUGGUCUGUGCUGACCCUGUCUACAAAGUGUAUGUUGCUGCUUUAAAAACAUUAAGAGCCAUGCUGGUUUAUACUCCUUGUCAUAGUUUGGCAGAAAGGACAAAACUACAGCGACUUCUCAAGCCAGUUGUAGAGACUAUAUUAGUUAAAUGUGCAGAUGCCAACAGCCGCACAAGCCAACUUUCAGUUUCAACGCUGUUGGAGAUGUGUAAAGGCCAAGCAGGAGAGCUGGCAGUUGGUAGAGAAAUACUUAAAUCUGGGUCCAUUGGUAUUGGUGGUGUUGAUUACAUCUUAAAUUGUAUUCUUGGAACCCAGACUGAAUCGAACAACUGGCAAGCCCUACUUGGACGUCUUUGUCUUAUAGACAGACUUUUAUUGGAAUUCCCUGGUGAAUUUUAUCCUCACAUUGUCAGCGGGGAUGUUUUACAGGCUGACACUGUAGUAGACAGGUAUAAGAAGCUGCUGUCCCUCUUGAAUUUUGCCUUGCAGUCAAUUGAUAAUUCCCACUCAAUGGUGGGUAAAUUGUCCCGGAGGGUAUUUUUGAGUGCUGCAAGAAUGGUUGCAAGAGUACCCCAUGUGUUCGUAAAACUAUUAGAAAUGUUGAGUGUGACAAGCUCAACUCAUUACACAAGGAUGCGUCGACGAUUGUUGGCAAUAGCAGAUGAAAUGGAGAUUGCAGAAGCCAUCCAGCUAGGCAUGGAAGAGGUGCAUUCUGUGGAAUGCAGAUGUGAUGACUUUAUGCAGCUAUCUGCCCCAGAUAACUCUCCAGAAACAACAGAAAGUAAUACUCCUAACAAUACUGUCCAGUUAUCAGGGAAAAGUGGAAGAGGAUUGGGUGAUAAAAAAUUGAGUGCCGGUCCAGAGGACAUUUCUGAGAUACUGGCUGGCAUUUCUUUAGGACUUCCUGUUUCAUCAGUAACCACCGAGCAACCAAAGCCAGCCGUUCAAACAAAAGGCAGACCCCAUAGUCAGUGUUUGAACUUUUCUCCCUCAUCCAGUCAUUCCCAGUCAUUAUUCCCAAUACUGCCCUCUCCCUCAACCCCAGCUGUACCAGUUGGCCCUGUAACAGAUAUGUCUAAAGUCAGACCUCAGGGAUUCAUUCCCUGCAAAAUACCCUCAACUUCUCCUCAAACACAACGGAAACUUUCUCUACACAUUGAAAGAAACUGUUCUGAAAAUAAAGAACCAGAGAAACUUUCCCCAGUUUUUACCCAGGCCAGAGCUAUGCCAUCCAAUCAUAUACACAGGCCAAAGCCAUCUCGACCUACUCCAGGUGAAGCCUCAAAAACCAAUAUGACACUUGAUCUGAAUGAUAUUUUACAGUGUGACAGCAGUAGCAGUUGUAGUAAUGCAAUUAUACCAAGUGAAGAGACCGUGUUCACACCAGUAGAGGAGAAGAGUAGUCAACUGGAUGUCAAUGCAGAGCUCAAUUCCAGUAUUGAGGACUUACUUGAGGCCUCUAUGCCUACAAGCGAUGGCACGGUUACAUUCAAGUCGGAAGUUGCCGUUCUUUCUCCUGAACGGGUGGAAAACGAUGACACUUACAAAGAUGAUGUAAAUCAUAAUCAAAAAUGCAAGGAAAAGAUGGAAGCCGAAGAAGAGGAGGCUUUAGCUAUUGCCAUGGCAAUGUCAGCGUCUCAAGAUGCCCUACCAAUAGUUCCCCAACUACAGGUUGAAAAUGGGGAAGAUAUCAUAAUUAUUCAGCAGGAUUGCACAGACAUAAGGAGGACACAGUUCCUAGGAAUUCGAAUCAAAUACAGAUACAGACAAGCAGCUGCCAGUACACCGGAAACACUGCCUGGACAUACCAAAGCAAAACACCAUUACAGAGAAGAUGCGGAAUGGCUCAAAGGUCAGCAAAUAGGCCUUGGAGCAUUUUCAUCCUGUUAUCAAGCUCAAGAUGUAGGAACUGGGACAUUAAUGGCGGUGAAACAGGUGACGUAUGUCAGGAACACAUCAUCUGAACAGGAAGAGGUAGUCGAAGCACUGAGAGAAGAGAUAAGGAUGAUGAAUCAUCUGAACCAUCCUAAUAUCAUUCGAAUGUUGGGUGCUACAUGUGAGAAGAGCAACUAUAAUCUCUUUAUAGAAUGGAUGGCAGGGGGAUCAGUUGCUCAUUUGUUAAGUAAAUAUGGAGCCUUCAAAGAAUCAGUUGUUAUUAACUACACAGAACAACUGCUGCGUGGCCUUUCUUACCUCCAUGAGAAUCAGAUUAUCCACAGGGAUGUCAAAGGUGCCAAUUUGCUAAUUGACAGCACAGGUCAUAGAUUAAGAAUUGCUGAUUUUGGAGCUGCAGCCAGGUUGGCGUCAAAGGGAACUGGUGCUGGAGAGUUUCAGGGACAGUUGUUGGGAACUAUUGCAUUUAUGGCACCAGAGGUACUGCGGGGCCAGCAAUAUGGUAGGAGCUGUGAUGUAUGGAGUGUUGGCUGUGCUAUUAUAGAAAUGGCUUGUGCUAAACCACCUUGGAAUGCUGAGAAGCACUCCAAUCACCUAGCUUUGAUAUUUAAGAUUGCUAGCGCAACUACUGCUCCGUCAAUCCCCUCACAUCUGUCUCCUGGUUUAAGAGAUGUGACCCUUCGGUGUUUAGAACUUCAACCUCAGGACAGACCCCCAUCACGGGAACUGCUGAAACACCCAGUCUUCCGUACUACAUGGUAGCUAAUUAUGUAAAAAUUAUGAUUUACUGAAGAUGCUACUGAAUAUGGAACAAUGCCCAUCUCGCAGUGCUGUUUAGCACCGCAGCAUGUAUUAUUCUACUGGUCUUAAUUAUACAUCAAGGAUUUAAGGCCAGUGGAGGAUCCUUACCUAAGUAUGUGAUUGACAAAUCGAGAUCUUUACCUAAGCUCAGUAUGCAACCUUUCACAACUUGUGAAGAAAUAUGUGAACUGUGCCUUUUCAAAGAUCUGGCUCAAGGUGAACAAGAAAACAUUUUUCUUUAAAUCUGCAUGAUUGUUUAGCAGAUAAGAUUUAUUUUCUUUUGGAGCACUUUUUCAGCAAUAUUAGCAGCUGAGGGGCUCAGGAUCUAUUUUAAUGUUGCAAUCACUGUUCCGUUUCACAUUGUGGUCAUAAGCAGAGGUUUCUGCAAUUCCAUUCAGUUUUUCAUCACUGACUAAAAAGGAAAUUCUGUAUAUGUUCCUUUUAUUUCACAAAGUAUGUUCUCUUAGUGGAGUAAUAAAUACAAACAUGGAUGAAUACUUUUAAAACCAUAUUCUGCCUUCAUUAAAAAUGUGACAAGGCAGCUGUGAUUCACUGUGCAUUUACUGCUGGCCCUGUAAUUUCCUUUUUGAAGUUAUGGUUCUAUACUUUCAUUUUAUUUUACAUUCAGGGAAAGGUGAUCUUUAAAACAAUCAAUCUUCAGAACUAGGUGCAAACUAGAUGUCACUGAAUAUCUUGCUGAUUGAAGAAUACAGGUUUAUUUGAAAUCUGGAAAAAAAAACUGAUAGUUUCAGGCUCUCAUAGUGCAGGUAUUUUUUUUUUUUUAAAGGAAGAUUUCUGUGCAUAAAAACAACUUGUAACCCCAGAUCAUGUUAAAUGUUAGUUUUUGAGCCUAUUUUCGUGUAACAAUUUCUUUUGGUAAACUGUGUAGACAAGUUUCAU